AAGUCCUUACUCAGCUAGCUUUAUAAAGAAAUCAGAGCUAGCUGUUGUAAUCUCUAAGGCAUAUAUCCACUUGUUUUAGCAGACAACAAUGACAACCGCCAUGAAUCAGCAGGUCCAAGAUCAUAUGGAGCUCUUCACUCAUAUGUAUCCCGGGUUGUACACUCAGGCCAUGCCGGAACAAGGGGAGGCGAAGGUGCGGCGGAGGAGGAAGAAGAGCAAAGGAGAAAGUAGCAGUGGGUGUGCGAGGAAGAGGAAGCUGAGCGAGGAGCAAGUUACUCAUCUAGAGUUGAAUUUUGGUAAUGAACAUAAAUUGGAGUCUGAAAGGAAGGAUAAGAUCGCCUCGGAGCUGGGGUUGGACCCCCGACAAGUGGCCGUCUGGUUUCAGAACCGGAGGGCUCGCUGGAAGAGUAAGAAGCUGGAGGAGGAGUUCUCCAAGUUGAAGAUAGUCCACGAAAGUGUUGUGGUGGAGAAGUGUCGCCUUGAAACAGAGGUAUUAACGCUAAAGGAACAGCUCUCAGACGCCGAGAAGGAGAUACGACGGCUGUCGGAGCGCUCCGAUGGCGUUUCAAGCAAUAGCCCGACCUCGUCCUUGUCGAAUGCGGUAGACGUAGACCCGCCAUUUUUUGGGGAAUUUGGGGUGGUAGAUGGGUUGGAUAAUGUGUUCUACAUUCCGGAAAACAAUUAUGUUAGUGGCAUGGAAUGGGGAUAUCUAUAUGAUAUGUAAUUAAGGGCAUUUGAAUAUGUAGAUAGUGACCAUCUAAUGUAAAUCUCUCUUGCUUUUCUUCUGUGUUUUCACGCUAUUGACUUAGAACAGGCACCCCUCCUAA